AUGUCUAAGCAACCGAACCUCUACUCCUUCCCAAAUACCGACGCUCUCGCCCCCCAAUUGCGGAGCUACAUCCUCUCCGCCCAACGCACCGCCCUCUCCAAACACUCCUCCUUCCGCAUCGCCGUUUCCGGCGGCUCCCUGCCUGCCACCCUCUCCAAAGCCCUCCUCGCGAACCCUUCCUCCCCGGAUGACACACCCAAUUUCUCCAAGUGGGACAUCUUCUUUGCCGACGAACGCGCUGUGCCCCUCGACCACGACGACAGCAACUACUGCCUCCUCAAAGCCGACCUACUGGACAAAAUCCCCGCCGACGCCGGCACCCCAACCGUACACCCCAUCGAGGUCAAGCACCUGGACGACACGCAAGAGCUCGCCGACAUCUACCAAGACGCGCUCAAGGACACCUUCGCGCAAAAGGACAGCGUCAAGCUCCCGCAGUUCGACCUGAUCCUGCUCGGCUGCGGGCCCGACGGCCACACCUGCUCGCUGUUCCCGUCGCAUCCGCUGCUACGCGAAUCUGACGCCUGGGUCGCCGCCAUCGAGGACUCGCCCAAGCCGCCCCCGCGCCGCAUCACGCUGACGCUCCCCGUCGUGACGCACGCCGUCAAGAUCGCCUUUGUCGCUACCGGCGGCGGCAAGAAGGAUAUCCUGAAGCAGAUCUUUGAGACGGAGGAGGGCCGUAGUCUGCCGUGUGGUUUAGUCAAUGACGGAGCUGGGGAGCGGGUGAGCUGGUUUGUCGACGACGCUGCUGUUGAGGGCGUGGUUUUCCCGCGGAGGGGAAGCCUGUGA